CUGAACUGGAGAGAGAGAGAGAGAGGAGAGAGGACAGAGAGGGAGGGAGGGAGAGAGAGGGACCUGGGACCCUACCUACUCUGAGUCUGAGCGCACACAAUCAAAGAACCGAGAGACCACAACUUCCCCUAAAGUUAUUUGUUAUUUAAAGAUACCUGCUUCUCUCUUUUGGGUCUUUAAGUUUUUGUAAUUUCAACCCCACGAUUCUCAUAUUAGCCUUGUAUUGUGGCCUGAUAUACAGGAUCAAGGGCUUAUUGUAUAUAUUUUUAUAAACUAGAAGUUUAGUUAGUUCAAUCAGCGUUUCUCCUUCUUUGCACAUUGAAGGAGCACACUGUUGUGUGCCAUGUUCCUGCACUCUUUCUAAUUAGUAGCAGACCUUUCAUGGGCUUUGAAUCUUUAUAGUGAGAGAGAGCUUCAAUCCAAUAUAUCUAACAUGAAUAUUGAUAUUCCCUUGGUUACGAACUGGGAAGAUGUGAUUUGUCCUAUAUGUUUGGAUUUCCCUCACAAUAGUGUGCUUCUUCAAUGCUCAUCUUACGAGAAAGGGUGCCGCGCUUUUGUUUGCGACACAAACCACUUGCACUCGAAUUGUUUGGACCGUUUCAAGAGCGCGUAUGGUGUCUCAUCUCCGUCCACAUCUGAUGCGAGUGAUGUGGUAAACACCGAGCCAGUUGAAUCCGAGGACAACUGCAAACCAAGUUGUCCCUUGUGUAGAGGUGAGGUUACUGGAUGGGUGGUUGUUGAUAAGGCUCGUGUGCAUCUUGAUGAGAAGAAACGUUGCUGUGAUGAGGAACAAUGUACGUAUACAGGAACUUUCUCGGAACUCCAGAAACAUGCUCAAAAAGAGCACCCACAUGCUCGUCCGUCAAAGAUUGAUCCUGCUCGGCAGCUUGACUGGGAGAAUUUCCAGCAGUCCUCUGAAAUUAUUGAUGUUCUGAGCACUAUUCAUUCAGAAGUCCCGCGUGGUGUGGUUUUGGGGGACUACGUGAUAGAAUAUGGUGGUGAUGACACUGGGGAUGAGUAUGAGGACUUCCGUGGGGAUGAAGGUAACUGGUGGACCUCCUGUAUCUUGUAUCAGGUUUUCGAAAACUUCAGGAGUUCUAGAAACCGAAGAAGGUCAAGAGUUAGUGAUGCAAGGAGAGGAAGCCGCCGAUCAAGUUAUGAUACUUCAAAUUCUGAUGAGGGCUCUGUGACAUCUGUAGAAUUUGCAGACUAUAGAGUAGAUGAUAUUGAUGACGAUUUCAUGAGCACAAGUGGCCCCUCAAGGAGUGGAUCCAGUCAUCGAAGGUCUUCGGGGAGACGUCGUUCCCGCUUCUAUGACAAUUAGUUCUUGAGUAGGAAGUCAAAACAAGGAAAGAAAAGACAGAUCCGAAAGGAAGUGGAAAACACAGGAAUGCUUGCUAUUGUGUGUCUUAGAACAUUUAAAAAGCUACAUCUGGAUCAUGACUUGUUAAGUUUUCGCCGCAAUGUCCUUAUGUACACAUGGAUUUCAAACUUUUCGUGAACAAGCCCGCAGCGUGCUAUUUUCUUUGGUAGCUAACGAUUUCAUUUUGCCGAGUAGUGGUAUCAUGUCGAUAACA